GCAGACUUAGAAAAACAUGCACUUUUAAAAGGUGAGACUGUUUGUGCAGCAUGAGUUUAUUUCUGCAGAGUGCUUCUUUUUCAGUGAGGGAAACAUAAAAAAGUGCAGAGUUUGAUUAAAUUAAGCAAUUUUGCAGAGAGGAGUGUCAGGUUGAGGAAGUUAAAGUAGGUAAUGACCUCAUGUGUGUUUUAGGGAAGUGAAUACAAUAAAUGUCUGUAGAGUGACGCCUUGCUUGAGACAGAGAGAGAAAUAGAUUCUGCUUGAGUGAAACACGGUUAAAGAAGCACCAUGGCCUCUGCUGAUGUGGACAUGGGCAUCCACGAGGAAGAUGUGCCAUUGCAGCCAAUGGGAAGGAGGCAACCUCCUCCUCUGCCGAGUCAGAUCCGAUAUUACCAGGCUUCGGCGAUGCUGCCGGAAGAAAAAGGUCACCUGCACGACCUGCUACAAAAACAACCGGCUGUGUUGGGGUCUCUGCAGAUAAUGAGCGGCAUCCUCAGUGUGGCAGUGGGUAUACUCUUUGCUGCAACUCAGGAAAUGCAUCACUCCCUUUUCUCUCUUUUCAGAGUCUCACAGCUGACCGGAGCCCUUUUUGUAAUAGCCGGACUUGUUUCCAACUUGUUGUUCAAAUAUCCAGCGUUGCUGAUGGUGUCAAUUGCAGUUAACUGCGGCUGCAUUGUUGUAGCCGUUAUUGGUGCAGUUCUGAUCAGUGUCGACCUGGCUCGGUGGAAUGAACAAAAUGAGCCAUUUCUGAGAAUUGAAGUGAUGGGGCUGUGCGUGUUGGGACUGGAGGUUUUCCUCUCUGCAAUCCUCUGCUUCUGGUUCAUCAAAGAGAAAAAUGCUAAAUGAUCAAACUGCUUGCAUUGUUUAAAUUAUUCGUGUUUCAGUGAAGCUAUUUGUGCACAGGGAACUGUGGAACUGCGUGCUUUUAGACGAGACAGUGACACCUUUUAUGCUUUCAUGUGUGGCUUUGACUCUGUUGCCAGUGCUAGAGCAAAAGCCCCUGCAGCGCAGCCCGGGCUGCGGUCUGCGUUUUAUGUUUUGACAUGGACUGCAAAACGCAAAAGCAGCGGUAACCAAGCGUCAGUUUCCCUGUGAGAGCAUAAACCACAUUUUAACUCUGCAUCUCUUUUGAGUAACGGUAAUAUCGGGUCUCCUUUUGCAUUGUGUCUGUACGCAGAGGGCUCUGUGUGGUUUUGCGUUCACACUCCAGCAGUGGAAAUAUUUGUGUCACUUGCUCUGAGGCAUAUUCACACUUCUGUCUUCAUUAGCCAAAAAAAAUGAAAAUAAAAAGCUUCAGCUGCAAUCUUUAAUGUGUUGGAUGAAUAAACGCGGAAACAGCUUUAAACGUUUUAUUAAUCUGUACAAACGUGUAACUCAAAAGUCACGGGAAAACAAUGCGGCACUGUCUGAAAGUGUCUUCUACUUUAUUUGCAAAAUACAUCCUACAAUAUAAACACAUAACUAUCUCAUUGAAUCAAAUGUACAGACCUUUGACGUACCAUGACACGGACAUAUAGAAACUUAACAUCAUGUGUUAGUCUAAGUGAUUUACAGUAUUAUCAUAAAAUGCUAUUUUUUAAUAAAAGUCUUAGUGCUCCAAAAAUCAAGUCGUUCUUAUUUUCAUCUUCUUUUUGCUCUUGUGUGAAAUUUGCUGUAUGACUUGAAAACUUCACAACUGCAAAAAAAAAAAAAGAGAGAGAGAGA